GUCACGGAAAAGUAAUUUAAUUUUUUUAGAUCAUGGAAAAGCAGAGAAUUAAGUCACAUCUACCUCACUAGGCUACUACACGGUGACAUAUUUAAAACUGGUACGCACAAAUUGAAUAGCCUAAAGCAUAGGUUUCUUUUUUUUUUAUAAGAGAUUAGAUUAUUUCAAUCAUUAAGCCUUUUAGCCUAAAUUGUUUUUUUAUUCAUAUUUUAGUCUGUUUAAAAAUGCACGUGGAGCAUAAAACUUUAACACGUUUUGUUGUUGAUGUCGUUGUUGUCCACCCUUUGUUUUUGACCCAUCCAUCCCUUAAGAGAUUGAGAGACAAUCAGCUCAUAGUCACAUCUACCAGUGACCGCCGGCGGUGAAUUGCAUCAGUAACACUGACUGCAACUGUCUCAGUGACACGAAUGACCAUCGACUAUCCAUCUGCUUUGCCACUGAGCACAGACGUUACCACAUCAUGCACAUCUUUGGUUUGGUUGAGUGGUCUUCAACUCUGAAUCCCAUCUAAAAGACAACAACUUUUAGACAGGGUCUUUUGGUUGAAACUUAAAUUGAACUGAGACCCACUGUUGCCCACACUGCGGUCCCUGGCCGCCAGAGCCAGAGAGAUGCAGUGUGCCGACCCUUUACAUAACAGCUGGGUCUUUGACUGUCUAUAAACCGCAGGGUUCACUCUGCCACAUUGCCUUGGUCCUUUAUGGCAAAAUUCAAUUUAAUUAGGGAUAAUAUGCUUUGGGCUGAUAUCAAGACGCAAGACAUGGAUCAUUGAUUAGGCGCAAUGUUAUAAUGUUCUUUCUUGUAGACCAUUUGAGGGGACUAUAAAGCCUAUGUAUGGGCUAUAAACACAAUCAUAACGGUUAGCCUAAUAAAUGAUAAGAUACAGAAUGAAAUGAGCAAACACUAAAAUUGCUCAGUCCAAAAUGUGUGUACACUAUAGGUCUACAUAAUUAGUCUGGCUAACAUGAACUCAAAGUACAUACACUAUAUAUAAAAGUAUGGGGACACCCCUUCAACUAUUUCAGACACACCCGUUGUUGAAAAUGUAAUCUCCAUAGACAAACAUUGACAGUAGAAUGUUAAGAACAAAUUCUUAUUGACAAUGCCUUACUAAAGAGCUCAGUGACACUGUCAUAGGAUGCCACCUUUCCAACAAGUCAGUUCGUCAAAUUGCUGCCCUGCUAGAGCUGCCCUGGUCAACUGUAAGUGCUUAAAACAUGUUUUCACUUUGUGUGUAGAUGGGUGUGAGAGAAAAAUCUAUUUAAUCCAUUUUCAAUUCAGACUGUAACACAACAACAUGUGAACGUCAAGGGGAAGGGAGGAUGGUUCGUGAUAAUGGCUGGAACGGAGUCAACGGAAUAGCAUCAAACACAUGGAAACCAUGUGUUUAAUGUUUUUGAUACUAUCCCACCAAUUCCACGACAGCCAUUAACACGAGCCCGUCCUCCCCAAUGAAGGUGCCACCAACCUCCUGUGCUGAACCCCAACAGUAUGUUACACACGUGUACGUGUGUAUGGCUAUACCUGCCGUUUCCGAUAGGCGGUGCGUUAGGGUUAUUAUGGUAAUAGGAGCGAGGCUGGAGGGAGAUGAGUAGUGACGUCAGCACCCAGGUCGCCAGUACAGUGAAACAAACAUGGCGACAGAAUGGAGCGGGCAGCAAGGCUACGUUCUGACUCUAAUCGUUUUCUUUUGGAGUGCAGUGGGGGGACGCACCGAGACAGCCACUUCGAGUGUCCGCAGUAGCGGGAGCCAGGUGCUCGGUAUGCGGCUGGAGAGGAGCGACAAACCGGCCUCGACCACUGACGAUGGGGUCAUCCAAUUAACGGAGGAGAGCACAGUGCAGCUCCGGUUCUACGGAGUGCAGCUCAACUCGGGCACCUGGGCUCAGAUACGCUUCACAGAACGAGGGGAUGGGAGCGAGGAUGGGGGAAAUAAUAACGUUAUUGACGACACACCUAACAGCACUUGUGUUGAUUUCACAAAAGACUUCAGCAUCGCAAACUACAUGAACAUCAGUAGCCGGGGGACCACGGGGGUACUCAGCAUAAACAUUAAACCGCUUCGUAAGAGCGAGCCGCACAAGGAUUAUGGGCUGUGCAUCAGGAGUUUGGCUGAUGGUAGGUGGGCUCUGCUCGGGGAUAGCGACGGGAGACUGCGGGUGGUAGAGGGGGAAAAAACUCUCCUCCCCCUGUGGUUCCAGAUCAUCCUCAUCUGCUGUCUGUUGGUGCUGUCUGGAAUGUUCAGCGGGCUGAACCUGGGGCUCAUGGCUCUGGACCCCAUGGAGCUACGUAUAGUCCAGAGCUGUGGCUCAGAGAAGGAGAAGAAAUAUGCCCGCAAAAUUGAGCCCAUCCGCAGCAAGGGGAACUACCUUCUCUGUUCUCUGUUGCUUGGUAACGUCUUGGUCAAUACCACACUCACCAUCCUCCUGGAUGACCUGAUAGGCUCUGGGCUGGGCGCCGUGGUUGCCUCCACAGUGGGUAUUGUGAUUUUCGGUGAGAUAGUCCCCCAGGCGCUGUGUUCUCGCCACGGGCUGGCGGUGGGCGCCAACACCAUCCAGGUGACCAAGUUCUUCAUGUUGCUCACCUUCCCCCUCUCCUUCCCCGUCAGCAAGCUCCUAGACGUGCUCCUAGGCCAGGAGAUUGGCACUGUGUAUAACCGCGAGAAGCUGGUGGAGAUGCUCAGGGUGACGGAACCGUACAACGACCUGGUCAAAGAGGAGCUCAACAUGAUCCAAGGAGCGCUGGAACUCCGGAAUAAGACGGUGGAGAGCGUGAUGACUCCUCUGGCCCACUGCUUCAUGAUCCAGAACGACACGGUCCUGGACUUCAACACCAUGUCAGAGAUCAUGGAGAGCGGCUACACGCGUAUCCCCGUGUUCGACGACGAGCGCUCCAACAUCGUGGACAUCCUGUAUGUGAAGGACCUGGCGUUCGUGGACCCUGACGACUGCACCACCCUGAAGACCAUCACCAAGUUCUACAACCACCCAGUCCACUUUGUGUUCCACGACACACGGCUGGACUCCAUGCUGGAGGAGUUCAAGAAAGGUAAAUCUCACCUGGCCAUCGUUCAGAAAGUGAACAGCGAGGGGGAGGGGGAUCCCUUCUACGAGGUGCUGGGAUUGGUCACCUUGGAGGAUGUCAUCGAGGAGAUCAUCAAAUCAGAGAUCCUGGAUGAGUCCGACCUUUAUACUGACAAUAGGAACAGAAAGAAGGUGGACCCUAACAAGAGAAUGCGUGACUUCUCUGCCUUUAAGCACACAGAGAACGAGUGCAGGGUGAAGAUCUCUCCUCAACUGAUGCUGGCUGCUCAUCGCUUCCUGGCUACAGAGGUGAGUCUGUUCAGUCCCAGUCAGGUCACUGAGAAGGUAUUACUGAGGAUUCUGAGGCACCCUGACGUCAUCCAGGAGAUCAAGUUCAACGACAGCGACAAGCGCUCUGCUCUGCACUACAUCUACCAGAGAGGCAAACCUGUCGACUUCUUCAUACUCAUUCUGCAGGGCCGAGUGGAGGUGGAGGCUGGAAACGAGAACAUGAAGUUUGAGACAGGACCCUUCUCCUACUAUGGAGUCAUGGCACUGAGCACAGCAUCACUGGCCGUCACUCCCCCUCUCUCCCCCUCAGUGGCGUCCCCCCCUCCACGACGCCUCUCCCUUAAGAGAUUCUCUCUGUUCUCUCGCUUUCCAGAGUUCCGCUCUCCUACUCACAGUAGUGGUCUGAACCGCUCGGCAUCGCUGAGCUGCACUGAGCAUGGCGCUCCCGGAGAAUGCAGUUCGGUAACCGCUAGCAACACGCAGCUCACCACCUGCCAGUACACACCAGACUUCUACGUACGUGCUCUUACUGACCUGCAGUAUGUCAAGAUCACUCGUUCCCAGUACCAGAAUGGUCUGCUGGCGUCCAGGCUGGACAGCACCCCCCAGUCACCCGAGGGGAGCCACCCCCACCUGGACAGCACCUCCGCAUCCCUGCCCCCCAUCACCACCCCAGCCCUUCCCCGCACCCCUCUCCCCUUGGCCACCCCACCCUUCAAACACCCCCUUGCCAUCCCUCAGCCCACCCCUCCUCCCACCGACCGUACCCCCUUACCCCAAACCACCAUCCCCACCCAAGUCAAUCCCCGCCCGGCCCUGCCCCAAUCCACCCCUCCGCCCAUAAAAGGCAAACCUCUGCCCAAGACAACCCCUUCCCCCUUCUCGGGUGCACGCACCCCUCACCCACCUCCAUCUUCCUCCUCCUCAUCCUCUCUCCCCCACCUGCCUCAUCCCCUCACCUCUCUCUCCCUCAAAUCCCCCCCUUCUGCGAGGCCAGGGGGAGAAUGGGCCAGGUGAGGAGAAUGGACCAGGUGGGGUGAAUGGGCCAAGCGAGAUGACCUCUCUGCUCUCUGAGCAACCACAGAACUGCCUGGGUGGCACACGUAGACCCAGCUACCCACAAACACACACACAACACCCUCACACACACCAACACCCGCACACACACAUGCACACCAUCAGUCACGCACACACCGAGAGCACCAUCUGACAACUACCCCUGCGGGGGGUUUGUUAAGAUGUGUUAAAAUAAAUACACACAUUCCGUUUGUUCUCAAGUUCUGUUGGCUAUCCCUGGAGCACUGAAAGAUUCUAAGGAGCAAGGUGCAUUAUGGGAAUCCUCCUGGCCGCUAUCCUCCGUCUCUCCUCUGUCCCCUAUCCUCAGUCUCUCCUCUGUCCCCCAUGCCCCCUCCCCUGCCCACUAUCCUCCCUCCUCUGUCCACUAUCCUCCCUCCCUCCUCU